AUGGCGGGUGGACUCCCUCCGGUGCUUGCUGACGGCCUCUACACGAUCACUAAUUACGCCUUUGCAACCCGAGCGGCCAUACCUAGCGGGGAUCACGAAGAACUGCCCGCAAUCAAGGGCGUGAUAGCAAAUAAAGCAGUUGGCCCCUCCGAUGUGUGGCACAUCGAAAAUGUGGGGCUCCACGAUAACUAUACAGUCCAGGACUCGCGAUAUCGGUUUUACACGCAAGUGAAACGACUAUGCAAUCGUGCUGAAGAGCCUGUCAUUGGAGGAAGCUUCAAAGUGUGCUGGAUUUUAGAGAGGAUAGGCUCUUUUGGACCAACUGCUUUCAUAAUCAAGCUCCCUGACUAUGAGCUAGGCUGGGCUUUGUAUUAUAGAGAUCACGACACACCGGUCCAGCUCAUGAGAAUCGAUGUGACCAAUAUUAGUCGUCAGGCUGUGUGGAAGUUUGAGAGAAUUCCUGACAAAGACGAUACAGGCGCAUGGAAAUGUAGUUGCGAAAAGCAAGCCAAGAAGCUGGAGCACAAAUGUAAUCACAGGCGGCGACGAAACAUGCCACGAAAACAAAGGAUGUGGUACAAGAAGCGACAGCGCAAGAAUAAACGACGGCGCGAGAAGAUUGAGCGACAAUGUAAUUGCAAAGCGCUGUACGAAAUGAAGUACGAGGUGGCACGAGAGAAAUUCGAUAUGAGACUUCAGGAGACACAAAAAAAAUGCGAGAAGCUCGAAAUGGAACGUGACGAAAUCAUGAAAAUGUACUUGGAAGAACAAAGCAAGCGCAAAGAAGAACGGAGUAGGCGAAAAGAAGAAGCACGGAAGCGAAAGGAGGACAAAAAGAAGCAACAAGAGGAAGUGGAGAGGGGAUGGAAUUAUGAGCAGGAGCUCGAAAGGAUGAAAGCUGAACGCGAAGAAGAAAGAAGGAGAUAUGAGCUCUCUGAAGCAAAGCUCCGCGAGCGGCUCAAAGAGGAAGGCGAAAUGCGUGCAAUGUUCGCAAAAGAAGUCGAAGAUCUGCAGAAGAAACGCAAGGAAGAAAAUGAAGCACACGAAGUUGAGCUCAAGUUGGAGAGGACAAAACGGAAGGAUGAAUGGGAUAAGCACGACGCGGAAAUCGAGCGAGAGCGGGAAAAGCGGAGGAAAGCAAUGGAGCAGCACGACGCAGAAAUUGAGAGAGAACGGGAAAAACGGGGGGAAAUAAGAAGGGAGAUGGAACGUCGGUUCGAGGAAUGCAGAACGAAUCUCGAGAAGACUACACGCAGAUGCAAGGAGAAUGAAGAAUUUGUCAAGAACAACUCGGGGAUAAUGGACAACAAGAGACUCGAAUACGAGAGAAAACUCGAGAAGGUGGAACGCAACUGCAUGAAGGAGGAGGAGAAGCUUGAAGAGACGUGCUACGAAUUUAUGAACGAACACGCAUAUUAUGCUGCGGCCACUGUCGCGCUGAAAAACAACGCAAUCCGUCGGGGUGGCAAAGAAGGUGACGAUGUCCUAGAAAGUGAAGCUGAUGCUAUAUGCAUCAAGUUCAGAGGCUGGGACAGUGGGAAUUGA